AUGGAUUUUCGUUUUAGGCGCACGCGGAAGUGGACAUUCGAGCGAUUUCCUUUUCCUAAAAUUUCAAAACUUAUCAAAAGUUUCAAUAAAUAAAGUACUCUGUGCCUGUUUGUUAUUGUUUUUCUUUUUAUUUUACUGUUGUCGUGAGAUAUUGUGAUUGAAAAUGGAGGUGACCGAUCUAAAUGAUCUGCUUAAUGUACGUUCAAUCAAAAUGGAACAGGGAGAUUCAGCAUUUGAUGAGAACACAGUUGAAAAUUCUGAUCCUUUAUCAAUAAUACCGCAGUACGUCACUGAAUCAGACUUAGGUCUCAUGCAAGCUGGUGGGGAGAUACUACAGACUCCACUAGCCGUUUUCUCUGAUACUCCAGAUGAGGAUGACACAAUGCAAAGUACAGAAAGCAGCGAUGAGGUGAUAGUCCAGUUAAUGGAUAUCAGAACCAACUUGUCCCGAUUGCGGGCCAUGUUAGAACGUAGAUUGGGAUGUGACCUCACCGAUUACACUUUCUGGCUGCAAAACGCUAAAAUGUUGGAAAACCACAAGACUCUGGUCGAGCAGUGCAUCCGAGGGGAAGGUGUGGUCCAGGUGAACAUUCAGAUCAGAACAGCUGAGAGGAAGAUCAAUAUCCUCGAUGUUCUGAAACCUGAUGAGGAACUUGUCCAGCUGCCCAACCAGAUGGAUGAUGACCUACUGGAAUUCGAAGAGCCCCUGGGUGCUUCCAGUCGGACUGAAGAAAUAGUGGAACCUGUAUCACAUGCUGCGGCAGUCAAGUGGGUCGUAGACGCACAGUUCAAGAGUGAGCACCGAGUUCGAGUGCCGGACGAUCCUGCUGAAUGGUCAGUUCAGCAUGUGAAGUUAUGGAUACAGUGGGCAGUCCGUCAAUUCAACCUGAUUGGAAUAAAACUUUCCGAUUGGAAUAUAAGCGGCGAAGAGCUGUGUGCUAUUACUAAUGUAGAAUUCAAAGAAAAAGUACCCUCAGAUCCGGGUGAUAUAUUCUGGACGCAUUUCGAGUUGCUUAGGAAAUGUAAAUUUAUCGCUGUUAUUCAAAAUGACGAGCAACCAGUAAAAGAUCCAUUGGAAGUGCCACAGUCAGCUAUCAAGAAGAAACCAAAACAGGUGGUGAUCCGACCUUCAGAAGACGACUGGUCUUCCUACGUGACCUCCCGCAAUGGAAAUAACGGUCAGAUACAGCUGUGGCAGUUUCUUCUAGAACUGCUGACGAGCGCUGAAUACUAUGACGUCAUUAGGUGGCACGGCACCGAAGGCGAGUUCAAGUUGUUGGAACCUGAAAGGGUCGCUACUCUAUGGGGCGCUCGGAAGCACAAGCCGGCUAUGAACUAUGAGAAGCUGUCCCGAGCCCUACGCUACUAUUAUGACGGGGAUAUGAUCGCUAAAGUAUCAGGAAAGAGAUUUGUAUACAAAUUCGUAUGCGAUCUACGCCAGUUACUCGGCUACGGCGCCGGCGAGCUCGCCGAAUUAGUUAAAGAGGUACACGAUACGGAAAUCCAAAAUGGCAACACGAAUUACUCGGACAAAUACAGAAUGUAUGACCUUGACGACUCCAGCUUACAUUCAGAAAGAAAAUAAAGGAUGUGUCUUCAUGUGCGGUUAUCGGAAGCCCAACACUUUCCCCCCAUCUCUAAUCCUCCCCCCUAUCCAAAAUCCUUCCCCAUAUCCCCAAUAGCUUCUAUUACCAUGUUUUUCCCUCAUCCCCCAUCCCUUAUCCCUAGUCCUUUCCCUUUCGUCAAUUUCCCCUUCCUUAGUCAAUCCCCCCAUAUCCCCAAUCCACCCCCGUCACCAAUUCUUGCCCCCAUCCCCAAAUCCUUCACCAAUCCCCAAUCAAGCGUUGUCAUGGGACAAUGGGAUGGCCCUAAUCCUAGUCUCAAUUAUUAUGUAACUGUUUGGCGGUAGUAACUCGACUAGUUUCAAGCCUUGAUGGGAGCUCAUAUUCUUGGGCAGAAUUACUCGACACACAACGUAUCCAACCAAGCGCCGCUAACAGACUUUGGCACAGUUUUUAUAAGAAAAAGAGUAAAUCUAUUUUUAUAU